AGGAAAACACUACAGCGUUGUUGAAAAACGGCUAAAGCUACGAGAUUGCUGAGCAUUCAGUUUGUCCUACUUUUGAUUCCGUAGCAAAAGAGUCACACAUGUGGUGGGUGGACGAAACAGCAUGCGAAACACAGCACAUUACAGACAGUGAAGAUUAAACAAGAAACUUAGCUGUUAAAAGUCAGCAUUUUCCUCUCAGUUCGUUGGCAUCUCACAUUUUGUCAUAUUGUCAAAUAAAAUCUAAUAAAUUAUUGAAGCCAUGGGAGGUCAAGCGAAGAGCAAGAAGAAGAGCAAGUCCAAAAAGACACGUUCCAAUGGAGUAGGUGCCGGGCUAGUGGCAUUUACUGCACAGGACCGCAUAAAAGUGAGGAUGCAAGAAAAAGCAAAGAAGAAGACGGCAGAAAAGUACACGGUUGAACAGCUGUUGGAAAAGGUAGAAGAAAGCAUGGAUAACUUCGACCUCCCGAUGGCCCGUCUGUUUUGUCAACGUGCCUUGGACAUUGAGUCCACUAAUCUGGAGGUUUUGGAUAUGAUGGGGAACAUUUGUGCUGAGCUUGGUGAGGUGGACAAGGCCAAGCAAGUGUUUCUGAAGGCGGUGGAGCUGAGCCCUGAGCAGGGCCAUAGUAAGUACAUGUACCUGGGACAGAUUCACACCGGCCAGGAGGCCAUCGACUACUUCAGGAAGGGCAUCGAGAUCAUGACCAGCACUCUGGACACACAGCAGCCCAGCGCUGCCUCUGCUGAGGGGGCGUCGGCCUGUGGUGAAGAAGACGAACCAGCUGUGUCAGGAAAAGACCUGUCUGUGGCCUUCUGCUCUAUGGCAGAGAUUUACUUUACAGACCUCUGUUUCGAGGAAGCCUUUUGCGCAAGGUGUAAAGAGGCCAUAGCCAAAGCCCUGGAGUAUGACCCCGUCAAUGCAGAGGCACUGCAGCUAAUGGCCAGUUACCUGUUCAGCACUCAGAACAUGGAGGAAGGAAAAGACUACCUGAAGAGGAGCGUGUCCUCAUGGCUGCCCAGUUUGAGACCGCAGACCGAGCAGCUGGCCGCUCAACAGGAGGAGGAAUCGGAACAGAGUGGGGUUCCACCAUACGAGUCAAGGAUCACCACAGCCAAGCUCCUGAUUGAGGCUGAGGAGCCAGAGAUGGUGAUGGAGGUAUGCGAGGGCUUGCUGGAGGAAGAUGACGAGGUGGUGCAGGUGUGGUAUCUGCUCGGCUGGGUCUGCUACCUCCAGCGAGACAAACCAGAGGAAGCCGAGAGCUUCAGAGACUCAGCCAGGACCUACCUCACCAGGGCCAAAAAGUUGUACGUGAAGCUGUGCUGUGACGAUCCCCCCAUGCUGGAGCACGUGGAGCAGCUGCUGUCGGAACUGAGGCCUGAGGGUGCCAGCGCCGCUGAUGAUGAUGAGGAUGAUGAAGAUGGCCCUCCCAUAGAUGAUAUAGCUGAUGACUUCAUUCACAGCAGUGAUGAGGAAGAGAACGCCAUGGAGCACUGAUGGCUGUCUGUCCUCUCUGCAGUCAAUGCAUCUCUUAUUCAGAUUCACAUUCUCUCUCUCUCACUCUCUCUCUCUCUCUCUCUCUCUCACUCUCUCUCUCAUUCUCUCUCUCUCUCUCUCUCUCUCUCUCUCACUCUCCCCUCUCUGUUUCUUCCUCUCUGUCCCUCUUCACAUUCUCACUUUUUGGUUUGGCCUUUCUUUUCAUCUCCAUAAUAUGUAUCUCAGUAUCUCUGGAGGCCAUUUGUGCAUUCUGAAGUGCUUCCCUCCCCCAUUUGUGUGUGUGUGUGUUACUGUGACUGUGACUGCUGCUGAGGGGACAAUCACAUAGCAGGUGAACAGCCAGCAAAGGUGCCAAGAAUAUCAGAGAAUACCAAACGUGGACAACGCACACGCCUCAUACCGGAUUCCAUCAACACCCGGGGUGACUGCAGAUCUGUGACCGCCAGCGUCUCAGCAGAGCGCAAGGCAGCAAUCAGACCGGCAGUCGCGGUGUGAAAAAAAUAAGAUGCCACCCAACAUUACUUCAGCUGCGAAGGCCACCGAUGGAGGCUGGAAUGUGUGAAAGUCAGACGCCAGUGGUGCAAUGCAAAAAAUUGUGGAUAGGAAAAGACUAAGAAUAGUUUUUUUGUUUGUUUUGUUUGUUGUCAAAGCAUAUUCACCAUAUGUCACCGUGUUGGGUGUAGAUGCAAGACAUGCCUUUUUUUCAUUCUUUUUUUUUUUUGUAGAAGAACAAGUGGUGGCACCUGAUACAACAUCCUCACCUGCUGAAAGUACACACCAGGCCAUUGGUUCCCGUAACUCAUCUAAAUGACAAUGUCAUGACAAUGACAAUGUCAAUCGGACAAAAGUCUGUUGAAAAACGUCAGCGUCUGUGCCUGGACUAUCUAACACUUCCUCCUUUUAAGCAUGCUUAGAGAAGGGUGUCUUGUGUCAUUUCUUUUAGUUUUAAGUGUUUUUUUAUGUAUCCUUAAGGAAAAUGACAUUAUUUCUGUUGUAUGUUUGUGUGUGUGUAACGUAUGCAUAAUAUUGUAAAUGAGAGCAAGAUAAGGAUUAAAAAUGCUUUCAGACAAA